AUGUAUGUAGCAUACGCUAUAAGUAAGCCAGUAACAUCUCCGACAUUCAUACCAAACAGUGACAGCAGAGAUCAAGGAGAGACACAGUUCAGCGCCUGCACAGAACAACAGAAAAUCAUGAACUCCGCCAAAGUCUUGUUCCUGAUCGCCAUCAGCAUCGCAUGUUCCUUUGCAAGUAACAAAAGAGGUCGUAGAUCAGCAUCAACAUCAACAUCAACAUCAACAUCAUCGUCUUCAUCUUCGUCUUCUGAAGGUUCUGGUGACCCUGGGCUACAAGGACUAAUUGAAGGCUUCGCCCAAGAAUGCGUAGGAGAUGCCUGUGUCCCCUUGGACGGUGUAGCAGUCGAGGUCGAUCCUCCUGUUAUCGAUGCUGGCGAGCCUGCUCAGUAACCUUACUGAAUGUUUGAAGCAUGGUCCUUUUGAACACCCGGUACUCCAGUCUGGUGUUACCGGUGAACUAUUACACUGUUCAAGAGCGUGACCACGUUUGAGUUGACCACAAUGGAGUAGAGAUAGUAAUGUACGUUCACGUAUAGACAGAAUGUACAUGGCGCUGGUCUGACAGAUGGACAAGCGCAAAAUAAAUGUAAACUGUGAUAGGGACAACAUGAGUGUGUA